CCAUUGGAAAAGGUACCUUUUGUGAGUUUCCUGGAAAAAAUAUCCACUGAAAAUUUUCUGGGUCUAAAACUUUUUAGCAUGGGCAAAAUAUUGCAAGGAUCUGCUGAAUUAUGUGACACGUCGAGUGCAACUGGAGUUAGAGCACGCCAAGCGAGUGCAGAAUCUUGCCAACCAGUCAAAAGUUGCCAUUAGUGAGCACUAUCUGCCACUGAAAGAUGUUUUCGAGAGUAGUUUUGAGAAUGAUAUCGCCUUUUGUGAGCAUACGCAAGAAGCUGUAAAACACAUUCAGGACCGAUUCAUCAAGUCGCUGGAAACGAGGCGUGAGGAGCACGAGCGGCAACGUCGGGCACUCAAAAACGAAUGGUUGCGAGUAACAAAACAAGUUAAGGAUACACAGCAAGAAUUGCAACGAGCUCGAUCCUUGCUCGGCUCACGUGAUGACGGGUACCGGAAGGCGCAAGAGAUUUCAAUUCGAACAGAAUCUACCGGUCCAGCUGUUGGUUCAGAGCUUGUCAGGCGCCGCAAGGAACUGGAAAGGCGGCGGAGAAAUGAGGAGGAAGCGCUCAAUAAGAAACGAUAAAU